CCGCAGUGCUCCUGGCGAGCGGGCGAACCCACUGAAUGGGCACGGGCUUACGAAAAGACGGUAUACCUAUGCGUGCUGGGGGUUGGGGUACCUUGCUCGUAUGUAAUCGUCACCGGGCCUGAGGUGUUUAAGAGCACGAGCCGCCGCGAUGUGUGUGGUGUUGUGGAAUCCGAAGUUCGUCUCGCCGUCAUCGAUAUGUUGAAGCUGGUCACUGUGGCUGCCCUGCUGGGCGCGGCACUUGCGCAGAACUCGUCGUCUCUCCCGACUGUGGAUUUGGGAUAUGAGAUUUACCAGGCUGCAAGUUUCAAUAAUACUGGUAACUUUUAUAACUUCUCGAAUAUCAGAUAUGCGGCGCCCCCAGUCGGCAAUCUGAGAUUCGCGCCACCAGAGGCGCCUGCGGAGAACAGGUCGGCAGUCAACACUGGUACCCUCAACAGGAUCUGUCCUCAAGCUGGCCCGGCGUGGUCUGGCCAAGCUGCUCAGUUCUUGACUGCCCUCGCUCUGGGUGUGCCUUUCAACACCAGCACCAACUAUGUGCCGCCUGGCGCAAACGCGAGCAGCCUCGUCCCAGCAGCGGACCCGCGCGAGAACGAAGAUUGUCUGUUCUUGGACGUCUCAGUGCCCCAGGACGUUCUGGCCAAGGCAGGAAAGGGAUACGGUGCUCCGGUGCUUGUUUGGAUCUACGGCGGCGGCUACACGGGUGGUAACAAGAACAACAACCCAGCCGGUCUCAUUGCCGCUUCUGGUAACUCUACCAACGGCGAUGUCAUCUACGUUUCUCUGAACUACCGUCUUGGUGCAUUCGGAUGGCAAGCUGGGCCAUCGUUCCAGGCCGAGGGUGGAACAGCCAAUGUUGGCCUCUACGAUCAGCGCUUCGCUCUUGAAUGGGUCCAGAAGUACAUCCACCUGUUUGGAGGCGACAAGAACCGCGUCACUGUCUUUGGCGAGUCUGCUGGUGGCGGCAGUAUCAUGCACCAGAUCACCGCGUAUGGGGGUCUCAAGGGCAAGGCUCCUUUCCAGCAGGCUAUCCCACAGAGUCCUGGUUGGCAGCCAGUCCAGUCCAACGUUCAGCUGGAGGAUACAUACCGCAAGUUCCUGAACCUCACAAACGCCACAUCGCUCGCUGAACUCCGCGCUCUACCUUACGAGGCCAUCAGGCGUGCCAAUGUUCAGCAGGUGGCGUACGAUACCGCUUGGGGUCAAUUCGCGUACGGACCCACGGUCGAUGGCAACUUCGUUCCCCAGCAGCCCGGGCAGCUCCUUGCGCAGGGCCGAUUCGAUAAGGACGUCAAGAUAAUGGUUGGUCACAACGCGAACGAGGGACCUCUCUUCACAGCUCCCUCCAUUCAGUCGGACGCUGCACUGCGCAAGCAGCUGAACACAGCGUAUCCGCACAUGCCGAACUCGUCCGUGGAGUACAUUACCGACGUUCUCUACCCACCGGUCUUUGACGGCUCGCUCCCUUACACCACCCAGUACCAGCGUGCGACCCUGAUCAUCAGCGAAGGCAUCUUCACCUGCAACACCUACUACUUGUCCAAGGCCUACAACAACGAAACCUACUCGUACCUGUUCGCCGUCCCGCCCGCCUUCCACGGCUUCGACGUAGCCUACACUUACUUCACUGGCGGUGCGCCCAGCCUUAGUGUCUCGAACCGCACGGUCGCGAUUGCGCUGCAGGAGUUCAUCACCAGCUUCGCGGAGGAGGGCGCACCCGAGGCUCCUGGUGUGAUCAAGUUCGACAUGUACGGCGAGAACGCGAGUGUGCUAAGGCUUAAUGUUACGGGCAUUGACGAGAUUCGCGACUCGAAUGCGAACAAGCGCUGCGACUGGUGGCAGUUGGCGCUGGUUUCGUAGAUGGACCACGUAAAUGGGAUGUUUGUAGAUGUCUAAUGUAAAUAAAGUAUGACCUCGCACGAAUUGGAUUCCCAGAGUGACUUUGUACGAAUAGACGCUGAUGUGGAAAUGAAGGUAGCACCUUUCCAUUUAAGAU